CGGCAGCGGCAGCAACAACAAAAGCAGUGCACGGAAACAUUUUACCAUGGGCAACGCUGUAACUCACUACUUGAAGCCCGAUGUUAUGCCUGGCCCGGACGUUGUGCCCUCCUUCGAUCCGAUGCUGGGCUUUGAGUCGCGUAAGGAACGUGUUAUGAUUGCUACAAAGGAGGAAAUGGAAUCGGCAAAGCUGCCUCUUGAAGAUCGAGACUACUGUGCUCACAAGCUGAUACAGUACAGAUCCUGCCGCGCCGACACCUUCCCCUUCGUCUACAAGUGCGCACAUGAGAAACACGAGUACUUGACCUGCGAAUAUGAGGACUACGUGCUCCGGAUGAAGGAAUUCGAGCGUGAGCGUCGGCUACUGGAGCGCCAAAAGCGUCUUGCCGGCAAGGCUUAGGUUAACGCAUAAUUAUCGGAAGCAGAUGACCAACAACCAUAAAGAAACAACAGCAGAAGCAGAAACUACAACAAGCAGCGAUCUAAAGUUGGACGACUGCAGUUGACCGUUAAUUUCAAUAAAUACAUGCUAGUAAUAAUGUACCAUCUGUUUUUUUUUUAGUUAAUUAAAUUAAAAAUGAUUAAAACCAUAACUUAAAGUACAUUUGCUUGUACAUAAAUA